AUGAAUGUUCUGCAUGUAUUUUGUGUCUUGAGGCUUUGUGAAAUAACAGUAUUCCCAAAAAAUUACAUAAUCAAGAGAUGGACUAGAGAUGCUGUUACAAACAAUAGUCAUCAAGGUUUUAGCAACAAACCAGCUUUUAAUGACAACGUUGAAGGUGUACAAGGGGUUGUGCGUGAGAUUAUGUUUGGGAAUGAUUAUAUUGUUAAUCGUUUGGUAAACAACAUGGAGCAGUUGGUAAUAUACAGGGAUCAAGUGAAACAACAAAUGGUUAAAGUUGAUGAAUGUAUUGGUGUUCCACAACCCAUACCAAAAAAGGAUAGGAUUGCAAAUUUGCUAGGAUUUAAUGAACCUACUACUGAAGAUACCAUACGUGCUCCUGUUGGUAUUAGGACAAAGGGUUCUGGUUCUAAGAAACGAUUCAAAUCCUUUCAUGAACAAGCGUCAAAGAAAUCAAUAAGAAGGCAAAGAAGAUGUCAAAUUUGUGGUUCGGAUGACCAUGAUAGGCGAAAUUGCAACAGAGGAAAUGGUGAGAACCAACCAAAAUAG